CAGAGGUCAUCGAAGCCUGAACCUAAAAACGGUUCAAAUGUAACUUGGGUAUAAUUCUGGCUGAAUUAGCAGCUUAGUUUUGAGGUUGUGUUCAGUUACUGGAAGCCGCUACAUGCAGAAUUUAUGAGGAGUGUUAGUUGUGGGUUAUAUAGAAUUAAAAAAAUUGUAAGCUGUGAAGUUAUAUUGUAAGCAUCAUAAUUGUUUUCCGGAACUUCCGGAGGGAUCCUUGGCGAAGCUGCCCAAAAUGUCAGCAUUAGGAAGCGUCUGGACCUGGGAGACGAGGAGUGCACCUUCGAUCCCAUGGAGGGAUUCAGUUUUGUUGACCUCUUCAGCUUCCAUUGUGACUAUCCAGAGCAGCUUUCAGGUUUCCCACUUAAGUUUGAAGUCUAUCAGACUCCGGACCCAAGCCACCCAGAGACAGAGAUUCUGAUUUCAUACCCCCCCAAGCCAGAAGACACUGGUCUUGUAUUGAUGGCCGGGAAGCCCGACACCUACAAGACAAAAAUCUCUCUUCGAAUAAAGGAUCACUCUGGGGAGAUCCUGAGGAGGCACAUAGCAGACGUUACUGUUAAACCAAUGGCGCAGUCUCCAGGAAACACUAGCGUAACAACAGUAUGCAAGGAUGUGAUUUCUGGAAUAGUUGAUGGGAAAUCACUAGGGAACUACAUCAAAGAUGGAGACUUCUCUGGUGCUGGAAGGAUCAUCGCUGCUAUGGCAGUUGCUAUGGAUACAAGUGAGGAUAUUAACGAGGAGGACAAGCGGAUAUUGAAGGAAGAGUUUAUAAAUGCUCUCGAUCAGAUUCCAGUGGAUUAUGACUCGUCUGGGAAGCAAGUUGUAUCGGUGCUCAAUCUGGUUCUAGGAGCAGGAAAUAGGAAUGACACCCCUGUCAUUCCACAUGGAACUAUUCUCACUUCAUCCCACAUUUUGGAGAACAUCAUGAACAGCGUUUAUCAUGAAGUUACAGAUCCGAAUUCGGGGACGCAAAUGUCUAGUUCAGAACUCAUGAAUACUUCAAGAGUGGUGAUGGACACUAUGGCCGUCUUGUUGUCCAGCAUGACGCGUAAUAUGAAUAAUAUGACAGCGAGUACAUCUUUUCCUGAAAGUAUGUCGGGAGCGCCGGAACCGGAUUAUCCUGCAUACCAUGAUUUGGAUCCUACAUAUAUUGAUAACGUAGAAAGCUAUAAGACAGCUUUCGAUAACAUCGUGACAGCAAACGAGAAUAUUGGGAAAGCAAUCCUGCACCAGCAAGGCGAGGAGCAGAAGGAGAAGGUGCUAGAUGCCGGCCCCAUAACUACCUGGAUUAAGGUGGAUAAACCUAAAAACUUGGCAGACAAGUUUAUUGAAUUGGGAAACUCUGGACAGGGUGUAAAGGUAUCCAAAGCAUUAGCUAAAGCAAUAGAAAACAACACGGAUUACGUAAGAGUUCAGGUUACUGUUGCAAAUGACAAUCCUCUUCAGUGGGAUCCUGACAGCAAGGAUAUCAACACAGGACUUAUGCUGGCUAAUAUCUGGAACAGAGAAACUAACAAACCGAUCGAUCUGUCUGGUAUGUCGGAGCCGAUUGAUCUGUAUGUCACUCCUCACAUCAGCAAUAAAACAGAGCAUAUGGCAGAGGGGAAGGUGACUGUACCUGUCAUAGCAGUUAACAACACAGAUUUGUUAGAGGACUACAUUACAGUGCACAGGAUACCAUGCAAGAAGGGGCAGACACCCUAUCUAAAGUUCAGUCCACUGGAUGGUCCAUUCAGCAAGCUUCAGGUCGUGGUUACAGCUGGUGUAAGGCCAUCAUUGGAACAUUUUGAAAAAUAUUCUGAAACAGUUCCGCGCAAUGUUUCGUCUACUGAACAGGAAGGAGAUAACCUUGUUGUUUUUGUGGAUGGAGUGAGUCAUCUUGAUGAUGAUUGGUGCUAUGUUGGUAUACUGCCUCAUCCUGAUAUUCUAGAGGCUGUGGCUGACACGAUGGAUGAAAAUGAUAGGCUCACGAUAGAUUACUCUUUUCAAAUCAGAACAUUGGAAUGUCAUGUUUGGAACAUGAAGACCAUGAGUUGGGACAGCAGUGGUUGUUAUUCAGGGAAUGAGACGACGCUGAACCGACUGCACUGCCGCUGCACUCACUUCGGUGGGUUUUCUGGGACUGUUCUUAUACCUUCCAGCAACGUUGAUCCCGUUCUCGACAUAGACGUGAACUUUAUUUCUGCCUCCAGUAACACUGUCAUACUUUUUUUCGUGUUGACAAUUUUAGUUGUCUACUUCCUCAUCCAUAUAUGGACACAUGUGAAGGACAAACAGGAUAUUUCUAAGAACGAAGUGAUAAUUCUCGGAGACAACUGUCCUGGCGACAGCUACCCUUACUUAGUAGCAGUGUACACUGGGUACCAGAGAAAUGCUGGAACUUCUUCCGUUGUUGGUAUAAAGCUAGUGGGAGAUAAGGACAAAAGUAUGAAUCACAUUCUGGUGAGCGGCAGCAAGGCCAUCCACUCUCGAAGCUCUGACAACUUUUUCGUGCUCCUCGAAGCCCGGAGGUUAGGCUCCAUCUCUUACAUCAGCUUGUGGCACAACUGCUCUGGUCACCACGCAGCCUGGUAAAGAAAUUACAAAUCUGUAGCAAAAUGUUUGGAACUUUGUAUUUCUGUACUUCCAUUACUUUAACACCUUCACUGUUAUGAAUACAAGUUUAAAUCAA